GCGCAUGCGUACAACUCAUCAGGACUGGGGUUUUCUCCGGGUUGUAAACAAGAACAGUAAACGUUGAUCCAAGGAGGUUUGAUCAAUCAACUGGGAGUGAGCAUUUUACCCUGUUACACACUGACUGUGGACAUGAAAGGGCAACAUAAAAGUUCUGAACCUGAUGUCAAUGUUCCAGUCAUUGAAGAAGGAGCAGUUGCCACUGCAGAGGAUCCAUCAGCAAUCACAACUAUUCAGUCUGCUUCUACAUACUCCUCAGAGCAGCCGAUUAAAUACCUCUUCAAGACAGAGGGAGCUGGGGGGCAGGUCACAUAUAGAGUAAUCCAGGUUUCAGAUGGAGAGCUGGAAACUCACACGGAAGGUGCAACAGCCAUUAGUGUAGUGACUGGAUUUCCUACUGCAACACAAGCUGUUACACAGACUGUGUUCUCACACUCUGAGAGCUUAGAGGGAGAUGGCACAGAAACCCAUUACACUUAUUACCCUCCCACAAUCUCAGAUGCUGCAACAGGCACUAUGGUGACUGGUGUUCAGGCCUCAGAUGCUCUGCUUAGUCAAAAUGCUCCUGCAGGUCAGUUGUAUGUUAUGAUGUCCCCACAGGAGGUCCUUACUGGAGCCAACCAGAGGUCUAUUGCACCUCGCACACAGCCUUACAAUGCUAAAUCAGAGGGUCCAAGAACUUCAAGAGAUGAGAAAAGACGAGCUCAGCACAAUGAAGUUGAACGAAGACGCAGAGACAAAAUUAACAACUGGAUUGUUCAGCUUUCAAAAACGAUUCCAGACUGUACCAUGGACUCCACUAAAGCAGGACAGAGUAAGGGUGGGAUCCUAUCAAAGGCCUGCGAUUACAUUCAGGAGCUGCGACAAAGUAACAGCCGGUUAGGAGAUGAACUGAAUAACAUUGAGAGGUUAAGAAUGGAUAACCAGCUGUUACGUCAAGAGUUGGAAGACUGGAAAUCUAAGAAUCAAAUUUUGCGGAACCAGCUACGGCAGCAUGGCAUAGUUGCAGCAGCAAGUGCAGAUUCCCAGUGAAGAAUUCUAAGGCUGUUAGAACCAACUAAUGAUAUCUAGAAGAAAAGCAGACAGUGUUUGAUAUGUUUUCUGUGGUUGUUUUUAGAGGCCAUCAAAAUUAGAUUAAACAAUGGAUAAUGCAGGACUUUGUAUCCAGCAUAAUAUAGUGAUGAUUCUUCACCAGGAUUUUGCCUUAUGUUCAUAUUAUAUUUUUCUUUAUUUUUUAUUUUUUUAAACAUUAUUGUAACUUUGCAUUUGUUUUUAUGUACCAGAAAAGCAUGAAGGAACCUGUUCAUUUUGUACAUUAACUUCUAAUCCUUGUGGAAGUAUUUCAUGUUAAUUCUAAUCUUUAUGUUAUUAAUGCAUUUUCACUUUACAUACUUUAAGAAGGUUUGUCAAUUUCAUUUGUCCAAAUGAUGAGCAUUUCAAGUAACUGCCUUUUAAAUGGCAAUGCCCAGCAGAGUGCUAAAAUAAAUAGUCAGUGAAAUUAAUAUUCCCACUCCACUUUUCUUAACUCUUAUAGAGUCAUGUCUGAAAGUAUUUUGAAAAGCUACAAGUGUUGACUGGAAUAGAAGAUAAUCCUUUAUAUUUAUAUUUAUGUUAUAUACUAAAAAUGUCUUUACUGGAAGGGCUCAGACUAAUAUUGUAAAAGCAGCAAGAUGAGGCACAAUGGUCAAAGACAUCCAUCUAGAGCAGUGGUGUAGUCAUUGUUUACUAUUACCUUGUCCCUUGAAGCCAAAAACCUCCACCCAUGUAGAAAUGACAAGACAUGUUGAUGUGUUUCUGACUUUUUUUGUGACCUAUUAUUAUUUUGGAUGUUAAAUCAAAGCAGUGCACAUAACAAAUGUGAGAAAAUGGAUGGAAAAUGUAUUUAAAUAAUCUAAAAUGAGCCAUUCAUUGCAGAAGUCUCUAAAGAAGGAUACAUGUUUAAGGCUAUUCAGUGCUUCAAGGUACUGAUACAUUUCAAACUUGAACUGUACAAAAUGUGGAAUCUUUGAAUAAGGGUUUGUCAGAAAAAUAAAAAAAUGUUCUCUUCUAAAGUCAUCUCAAUGCCAUAUGCUUCACUGACACUAUGGCAAGCCAAAUGUAUAAAGAAUUGAUAGGUGUAGGUGAGGAAAAAGUUCAAUAGUUAAGUCCUUUUUUACUGUCACUCUCCACUUACACUUUUACAUUCUUUUGUUUUUGGUGAUUUGAAUUCUUGGUGCAUAUCGCCACCUACUGGGCAGGGAGGAGAAUUUAUGGUAAAAACAGAUUAUUGAUCUGUUUCUCACCCACACCUAUUAUAUCAGUUCAGAAUAUAUGGAUGUAACCACUGGAGUCUUAUGGGUGACUUUUAUGCUUUUUUUAUGUGCAUGAUGAGAGAAUUUUCCUUCAUAGGUGAACUAUCCCUUUAAGCUGCCGUUUCACUGUCUGAUAUUCAAAUACGGCUGUUGCAUUUCUUCCCCUAGUGGCAGUCGUGAUGAACUGUCAUUUUGCUCGCAAUGGAUUUAGUCCAUCCAAAAAAAAAUAAAAAAUUCUCACCCUC